GCAAGGAGCGACACACUGAAGAAGCCCCACAGAUGAGCAGCAGAAGUGGAUCCAACAUAUGAAAAACGGCAGAAAAAGAAAGAGAGAACCUAAAUUGUUUCCCCGCGGUUUGUAAAGUAGGAGGAGAGAGGAGCCGCAGGUGCGCUCCGCAAUGUCAGCCGCAGUUUGUGUGCGGGAUGGGGACAGGAGAGCGGGCUUUAUUCGCAGGAGCUGCCUCGCUGCUUUCUGUUAAUUGCUGCCUGAAGACAAUUAAGCAGCAGUUGAGGAGCGAAGAGAGUGUUCGGCGUCAACUUUAAAAAGAAAAGCUCCUCGUCCGCUGGAGCUUGCCGGUGGAUGUGGGGCCAUGGAGAUAAAGAGAAGACUCCGAGCCAUACUGAUGUUAAUAUGGAUCUUUCAAGGUGACACCCAGAAGGUGGAGAUCCCCAGAGGAGAGAUGGAGGUAGUGAAGGGCCAGAUGGUGGUGUUACAAGCCUGGUACAGCCCCAACUCAGACAUUUCCAAAAACUCUGUCAUUUGGCAAUUCGUUGGAAAUGAGUCCAAGCAGGUGAUAAACUUCAGCUCAGGUGAGGUCGGGCACGGCCAGAACGACUUUGCCAAAAGAGUGGGCUUCAGCGUGACCAUGCCCUCAGCCAACCUCUCCAUCUACAUCAACAACACCCAGGAGUCCGACUCUGGACGCUACGUCUGCAUUGUCGUCAUCCCUGGAGGUGGCAUAACCGGAGAGAUGCACCUUAAUGUCAAAGUCCCUCCCUCUCCACCAGUAUGCACCAUGACAGGGAACCCAGUGGUGAAGGGCAAUGUGACUCUGAGCUGUAAGUCCAGUCAUGGAAAACCCGUCCCUCAGUACAAGUGGACCAAGGCUGCACCCAUGUCCGAGGUCUUCUUCUCCCCAAUGCAGAAUGAGAGACACGGCACCCUCAGGCUGAGCAACCUCACUAAAAGCAUGUCAGGGAAGUACAUCUGCCGAGCCAGCAACACUGCCGGCUCCGACAGCUGCUCCAUUAACCUGGAGGUUAUCACCUCUUCCAAUGCAGGCAUGAUUGCAGCAGCCACACUGGGGUCGAUAGUGGGACUGGUGGCCAUGGCGCUCUUCCUCAUAUUCAUACUGAAAAGGAGGCGGGACACCGAGGAGGAGAUAGCCAACGAGAUCAAGGAGGAUGCUCAGGCACCGAAGCGAGUGUCAUGGGCAAAGAGCAACACCGGCUCAGACAUCGUAUCCAAGAACGGCACGCUGUCCUCCAUAGCCACCAGCCCCCGACCCCGAGACCCCCACCAGCCAAACUUCCACUACCCGUACUCCCCUAUCUCAGCUUCAGACAGCUCAGUGAUCAACGCCUACCAGCUGCGACCUGGAGAAGCCAACACGCUACAGGGACUUCCUGGUUACAACAUCGGAGGCACCCCAUCACGCAAACACAAGCGACCUCCCAGCACGAACGGGGGCCCUCCGCAGGUUCUAAGGAGCCCUGUGGUCGCCGUCCCCAACAGGACUGAGGGGGCUCAGCCUCAGGUGCCACCUCCACUCACUGUGUCCCCACAAAUGAGCUCCUCCACUCUGACGCGCAUGGGAGCCGUUGCUGUCAUGGUGCCUGCUCAAAGCCAAGCCGGCUCACUGGUGUAGCCGGCGGAAGCGUCUCUGACGAGGAAUAAAAGGGACAGUGGUUGUGGAUGGAGAGAAAGUAUGCCUUGAAAUGGAAAAGCACGUUCUCCAUGAAGACCCGGGAGGUAGUGAGAGGGGAAAAUGCCUCACAGGUGUGGUUUGUGCUUCAUUUGCACAAAAUCUCCCUUCAGCAUAUAAAGUUUCUCUUUGUAUGCUGCUUCACUAAAAAGGAAUAUAUUUUUAUUUACACGCUUAUAAACAGAUCUUCAAAAUCUCAUCCAAAAGUUGUCACGUUUUUUUAGGAGUAUACAUAUAAUGCCAUUUAUUUCAAGAGAGUUAAAGGGACCAGUGUGUAGGAUUCAGUGGCAUCUAAAGGUAAAGUUGCCGAUUGGAACACCCUCGCCUCACCCUCCCAUUCCGAACAUGCAGGAGCAACUACAGUGGCCAGGAAAAACAACAAAAGGCCUUAUCUAGAGCCAGUGUUUAGUUUGUCUGCUCUGGGCUACUGUAGAAACAUGGCGAUUCAAUGUGACAAACAUGGAAGAGAGUCUGCUUCCUCUGUAGAUAAAAACAACUAAUUCUAAGGUUAUGAAAACACAACCAUUUCUGG